AUGGCGGAUGAAGAAGUUUUGAGCUUGGAGCCCGUAAGCUCACCUAACUCUUUAAAACGGAAACCCGACCAUGAAACACUAGAAGCUGGAAUAAAAAGAGUUGCUCUUGAAGACAACGAGGCUGAGCCCCAAAAUUCGGAAUUGAACGGAGAUGGCACGCAUCUCACUGAGAAGGACUCUGGACAAGUUCCUAAUUAUAUUAAUUUGCGUAUGUUAUGUUUGAUGAAGCAGGCUUCAAAAGUGGUUGGAGGAAAAGGAGAACGUGUUAAUAGGAUAAAAUCUGAGACAAACACGAGAAUUAAUGUGUCAGACAACAUUAAUGGUGUCAUGGAAAGGGUAAUAUUUGUUCGAGGAAAGUGUGAAGAAGUAGCCAGAGCGUUUGGGAAAAUUGUCAGGGCUAUUAAUAAUGAGAGUGAUGACGAUUCAAAUGAGAGAUCUCUGCCAUUAGUGGUGAAUUUACUAAUUCCUCACCAUUUUAUGGGGUGCAUAAUCGGUAGACAAGGUUCGAGGCUCCACGAAAUCGAGGAUCUGAGUGCUGCUAGGCUUAUGGCAAGUCCACAACAACUGCCCAUGUCCAAUGAUAGAAUUUUGUCUCUUACCGGAGUUGCAGACGCGAUUCAUAUUGCUACUUACUACAUUGGUCAAACAAUAUUGGAAAAUGAGAGUAAACUAAAGAACAAAAAAUCGGUAUUUUAUCAUCCUGGCCCGAUGCAUUCUGUACUAGUCAACAAUUACCAGAUGUACAUGAUUUAUUCAGGUGGUGCUCCGACUAAUCCUCAAGAUAUAACACCCAUGGUCGCACCCCACCAGGAGCAUCAUCAGUAUCAUCCUAUGGACAAAAAGACAAUGAAUCGCAGAACGAAACCACCCGUUUCCAAAUACCCAAUAGGGCCACAGCAGUCUCUUCAGCCGUAUACUGAUAUGGUUGACUCGUGUAAGCAUGUCAAAAUAAUCUCUCAGUUACAACAAUCUCCUAUCUCUCCCCACUUAGUAUUACCACAAGAGGUGUUCAUCGAUAACAAAUUUGUUGGUAACGUCAUAGGAAAAGGUGGUAAAAAUAUUCAGCAGAUCAAACAAUCAACAGGAUGCAUGAUUAAAAUUAAUGAUCCUGUGGAAGGUCUUGAUGAAAGAAAACUUGUCCUGAUCGGAACUCCUUUGGCAACCCAAACUGCCAUAAUGAUGAUCAAUAACAGAAUUGAUAUGGAUAAAAGAAAAAGACAAGAAAACAUCACCAUUGGAAUGAACGACGAGUGA